GACAUUUCUGAGGGACGUCAGAUCCGGGAGAGACCAAGAGAUGAACUGAGAGACACCUGUGACAGACAGGGACCAGGGGAACCAGCGAGACAGCUACCUGAGAUAGACUGAGGCAUAGUGCAGAGAGAGCAGGCGAUAAGGUCGCUCUCAUCUGAGAAGAGGGGCCGCCACCUAGCAGGCACUCCUUAGGACACCAGGCAGAGGAUCCAUCAGGGGUUGGCUAAUUACCUGCAGGGGCAAGAGAUAGUUAGUGAACAAGAGCCAGUUGAAGAAUAUAUAGAAGCAGUACUGACUGACACAUAUAUAGUGGAAAUAUAUUUAUGUUCUUAGUCCGAAAGACAGGAAUUAUUUUUAUUAUUUUUUUUAAUAGAGAGUUAUAGAGACGUCUGUUUAAAGACGGAGAUAUACAAAAGACGUCACAUUCAGGGACAGCUGUGUCCAAAAGUAAGACGGUCUUCGAAAUGAUUCACUGACCUCUGUCUUUAAGAAGAAGAGGGACAUCUGAGCAAAGGAGACCUUACCGCGUAAUUUCACAGAUGGGGAGAGACAUCUGCUGUGUCUGAAAGUGGUCAUCUGUGUGAGAGAGGUAUGGCAUAACACCUGUUACACUAUGAGAGAGUGAUGCGUUCUAGUGUGAGAGGGACCCGGCGAGUGGAGCCGAAGUGAGGCUGUAGACGUUUUCACCUGUGGAGAGACGGAGAGGGGAGAGAUGAAAGAUCAGACUUUGUGGAACUAAUAAGAGAUGACAGAGGCAGUUAGAGAAGAAGACAGAAGCAGUAUUUGUAACAAGAAGGGUAGUCGGCUGCUAGUGCCUGGGAAGGAGCGAGACAGAGCCGGGCAAACGAGACCCACAGAGAAUCACCUUGAGAAACAGAGAGAGAGAAUUGGGAGGGGGGAGGGACAGCACCGAAGCAGCAGCAGAGACUUAAAGCACUGUGACCGAGUGUGAUAGGGAAGCUGUAUGGUGGGAGACGAAUCGUGCAUGGAGACUGCUAGAUGUCACGGACCAUGGCUGAUGCUGUGGACAGUAGUCUGCUAGAACGCCGAAUGUUGAUUCUUAGAAAGCCUUGGAGACUACAUACAGCUUGAAUAUGGCAAAUGCGUAAGAGCCUGCGAGGAGAUCAGGACAUAUUCUGUUUUUCUCUUCAGGAGGUCCUGAGAGGAGCAUUUCCUGGCAUGUGCCUCAUGGGACUGUCUGAGUCGUCCAGGUUGCCCUCAUGUGAGAUGCUAUGACACUUCCUGCAGCCCUUGGGCAAUGAAUUCAGAUCCAGGUACUCUUUACCCCACUCCAGGGGGCUCCAUUCAUCAGUCAAUAGCAGGGUCCAUACAUUCUUCAUCAUCUGAUUCAAUUUGUUCAGGGGACAUAGGACGUGUCCUUUCCUCCAAUGUUCGCCGACUGCAUGGCGCCCUAAACCGACUGCUAAGUGAGCGGGAGCGGGAGCAGCUUUUGCACUGUUUGCGGCUCUACCAUUCUCGCAGAAAUGUUUUUGACCUGGUGAGGACAUUGCGUCUUAUACUACGUCUCGAGGACCAGAGGCAACUGUUCCCCAUGCUACGCCUUGUUAUCCCACGGUCGGACCAACUCUUAUUUGACCAGUACACUUCAGAGGGCCUUUAUAUAAAGGAUUUGUCUCCAGGCUCUUCUGGAUUCAGCGGAGUCUUAUAUGAUGGUGUUUCAGCAUUUAACACCCCAAUAUCUGGGACAGCGCCUGCCUUUACCACGCCGAUACCUGGCACAAGUCCCACCUUUAGCAUCCCAGUAACAGGGACGUCUCCUGCUUUGAGCACUUCCAGACAAGGGACUGCUCCUGCCUUUAGUUCUCCGGUACUAGGGACUGCUCCUGCCUUCAGUUCCCCGGUACUAGGGACUGCUUCUGCCCUUAGUUCCCCAGUACUAGGGACAGCUUCUGCCUUUAGCACUCAAAUAAUUGGUCCCAGUUUAUCAACUGUAGCAUCACCCUCUGUGCCACCGUCAGGGUACAGCAACUCCCCAGGUGGUGCUGCCAAAUCUGAUGUGCGCAAGGUUAUCCUUAAAAGAAACAAGAACCAAGAAGGUCUUGGCUUCAGCAUCCGGGGUGGUGUGGAACAUGGCAUCGGCAUCUAUGUGUCAUUGGUUGAACCUGGUUCUUUGGCAGAGGAAGAAGGGCUAAGAGUUGGGGACCAGAUUCUAAAAGCAAAUGGGCGAUCUUUGGACCGGGUCAGCCACAGCGAGGCCGUUAAGGCUCUGCGUGGUUCUCAGAAGCUGGUUCUCUCUGUGCUGUCAUCAGGCCGGGUCCCUGGCGGACAGGUCUCCAGUCAUAUCUACACCUGGAUAGAUCCACACGGACGCAGCGUCUCCCCUCCUGGAGGACCGCCGUACCCACACAGCCCAUCUAUGGGGGACCCAGAGAAGGAGAAGAGGAGUCACUUCCAGCUACUUCAGGAGGGGGAUGAGAAGAAGGUGAAUUUGGUGCUGGGAGAGGGGAGUUCCCUCGGGCUGCUCAUCCGUGGAGGUGCUGAGUAUUCUCUGGGGAUUUACAUCACAGGUGUGGAUCAGGGCUCGGAGGCUGAGAGUGCUGGACUUAAGGUGGGAGAUCAGAUCCUGGAUAUAAACGGCCUCAGCUUCCUCUCCAUCCCACACGAUGAGGCAGUUAGAGUUCUCCGCUCUUCGCGGCAUCUCAUGAUGACUGUGAGGGAUGUGGGUCGUAUCCCACAUGCUCGCACCAUAGUGGAUGAGACUCAGUGGCUCAGUAGCACUUACACAGGAACUGGAGACCCCCACAUAUCUACAGGGAUCCUGGGGAACUCCGCACCAGAACCCACCACCAAGCCAGUCUUCUACAGAGGACCAGCAGGAUCACAGGUCACUCUGAGUAGCCUGGGGAACCAGACCCUGGCCCUCCUAGAGGAGAGGGCACGUCUGCUCCUGACUGAACCCGAGAGGAGCACCAUGUCUUACUAUCUCCAUCAGUACAAGGAGAGCCACAUCCCAGUACACGCCUUCAUAAUGGCUAUGUUCGAGCUUCUCAACACGCAAGCUAAGUUUGCUCUGUUGUCCGAGUUGCGACCCCAGAUUUAUCCUCACGAUUUGGCUGUGUUUGAUAACAUGGUGCUGAAAAGAGAGAUCGAGUCAAUGAAAUCUCGUCACCGUUCUGGAGACACCAUCUCUGUCCUCUCCCAGAGUCCCAGCACCUCAUCCACAGACAGCCACCAGACUGCCAGCACUUCCAGCGCUGCCCGGGAACGGCUGCUCUGGCUCCUGGAUGUGAUGGAGAAUGGCGCAGACCCUGAGGGUAGCAGCGACUCCGGGAGCCUCACACGGACGACGCUGCCUGACAUCUCCCUGGAUGAUGUCAACUCCCUCCUGGAGGAGCCUCCAGCCUAUAGGCCUCCACCUCCUCUCCCUAAAGAAGAAUCACCUGCAGUAUUUCGGCGACAGAGUGGGGAGCGAGCCAAGCGUCCCUCCUCCGGAUCAUCACAAUCUGGCCUUUUCUUCACAGCUCCACCUCACCCAAGUCCACCACUUCCACCUCUUACAUCACCCUCAACACCAAGCCCUCCACUACCACCUCUCAGUACACCCCCAACGUCUCCACAUAACCAAAACCAAGCGAUAUAUGCCACCAUCGCUCCUAAAAAUCUGAUUCCUAUAUGUCCUGCCGCCCAGCUGGCUCUGGUUACGCAGCUUCCGAUGACCCCCUUCCCAAGAGUGCAGUCACCUACUAGGUUAAAGCCUGUGGUAGAAAGUGCUCCUCACCCACCUUCUCCCUCACACCCAGAAACAUCAGAUCCUCACACAAGCCAGCAUUUUGUGAUGGUGGAAGUCCAUCGGCCUAACGGUGAACCUGAUGUGAAUGAAAUUCGAGCUGUACCCCAAACUCGAGCUGUCCUGCCCGUCUCUCUCCCGGCCUCUCUCUCCCAGCUGUCUGACAGCGGACUGACCCUCAGCGAGGACAGCGGCGUGGACGCAGGGGACGUUGGUGGGGGCAGCAAGCACAGCAGUCCUCAGCCUCAGAAAUUCAAAGGAUCUGAGAGCAUAGCAAAGCCGCCAGGUCUGCUGGAGCCUUCCGCCACCUUAGUGCGGGUGAUGAAAAGUGCGCCUAGCCUGGGAAUAGCUAUUGAAGGAGGGGCCAAGACACGCCAACCUUUGCCACGUAUUGUCACCAUACAGAGAGGCGGCUCUGCUCACAACUGCAGCAAGCUACGCGUGGGUCAGGUCAUCCUAGAGGUGAAUGGGGUCUCAUUACAAGAUAAAGAACAUCGGGACGCUGCCAGGAUCAUUGCUGAAGCCUUCAAGACCAAAGAAAAGGAUUACAUGGACUUUCUGGUCACAGAGUUCAAUGUGUCACUAUAGUGGCUAUUCAGGGUAUCCACGUCAGCAUGUAACCCAGCCAGGGGUCACUGCCACGAAAGACACGUCCGACAUGCUACUGUGUAUACUGCGUGGCUGCCAUCUGUGUGCUGUUGCUGCAUACGUGGUCCUUCUGUCCGAUGUGUGGCUUAUAUACUCUCAGUAUACAAUAAAUGUGGUGUCAGCUUAUAGCUGGGGCGGUGGCUAGGAGAGGAAAACAUAACAUAGGACUGUCUACCAAAUAUCAGUUAUAUACAGAACUGGAGACUCCAACCUGUUGGGCAAACAGACAACAGUCCAUGGGAAGUCAACUGAUGAUAGUUCCAGGAGAAAGAUAGAAAUAUAUAAAUGAGCCUAUAAAGAGACACAACAAUUAUAUAUAUAUAUAAACAAGAUCAAAUAAAUAGAAUACUGUAUACUCCAGUCACUGCUAAAGUCAUAGAUACAGGUGGAGAGCUUACUGUAGCUUCUAGAAUAAGACAGUGCUGAUCUCGUCUGCGCAGUUCUGCUCUGUGACUUAUUGCGCUUUUAUGGCGGUGACGGAACCCCAAUUCCAUCCUGCUGCAGUGUGUGUAGUGACGUGCAGCCCACGCCGUGACCAUUCAUGUAAUAGCUAUGUAAUUACAGAGCCUGUCACAUUUAUUUUUCAAUAAACCUCAUAUCAAAGGAA